AUGACUGAUAUUCUCCUUCUCGCAGACGUAUUUGGACAGUUUCGUACCUGCUGCCUCAGAACUUACAAUCUUGACCCUGCACACUAUUACACCCUGCCAGGAUUCACUUGGGAUGCCAUGUUGAAAUAUACGAAUCAGGAGUUGGAACUUAUCACCGACCCUGGCAUGUUUUUGUUUGUUGAGCAGGGCAUCCGAGGGGGUCUCAGUCAAGCUUGUUCAAAAAGAAGGGCUCAUGCAAACAAUGAAUAUAUUCCUGAUCAUAAUCCUUCGAAAGCUGAUUCCUUCUUGAUGUACUAUGACGUCAAUAACCAAUACGGAUGGGCUAUGUCUCAAGCUUUACCAUAUGGAGGUUUUGAAUGGACUGACACCGAAAUUGACGUCACUGCUAUUCUUGAUGAUACAGAAGAAGGAUAUAUUUCAGAAGUCGAUUUGUAUUAUUCACAACACCUCCAGGAUGCACAUUAA